CCUCCGACAAGUAGCAGGCAGGCAGGCAGGCAUCUACCAGGCAGACGCGACUCAACACGCUUCUACCACGGAGUUAUUAAGGGUAACUUGCUAGCCAUGGCAUCAGCCACAUCCACGCCGGUUACCUCCACCUCCUCAAGACGCACAUCCACACCCAUUACGUCUCCAUCAGGGAGCAGUCCCUCACGCAUCACUCGCCUGCAGGAGAAAGAGGACCUGCGCCACUUGAAUGACCGACUGGCCGCUUACAUAGAGCGUGUGCGGACACUAGAGAAUGAGAAAUCCUCCAUGCAACUGCGACUGGAGGAGAAGUCGGAGUACAGCAGCCGGGAGCUGGGAAAUGUUCGUCGGAUUUAUGAAUCCGAGCUUGCAGAUGCGAGAAAAACCCUUGACAACACGGCCAACGAGCGGGCCCGGUUACAGAUACAGUAUAGCCAACUUGCUGAAGAAAACCGGAAGCUGCAAGCAAGGUACAACAAAAAACACUCCGAGCUCGGCACAGCGACGGGUCACUGUAGAGACCUCGAGACGGCACUGCACUCCAGAGAGGCAGAGUGCGCCAACUUGGUCGCAGAAAACCAGAGGCAGAAAAAUGACAACACUGAGCUGCGAGGUCAAGUGUCCAGUCUUGAAGAGGCCCUCAAAGAAACUAAAGAGCAGCUCAAUGCAGAGCUGCUCCAAAAGGUUGAUGCCCAGAAUAAGCUGCAGACCCUCCAAGAACAGCUGGACUUUCAAAAACACAUAAAUGAACAGGAGGUGAUGGAGUUGCGGAUGCAUCACCAGAGCAGAAUGGUGGAGGUGGACUCUGGCCGGCAGAAGGAGUUCGAGAGCAAGAUGGCGGAGGCCAUGCAGCAGCUGCGGCAGGAUCAUGAGACCCAGAUCCAGCAGUACCGGGAGGAGCUGGAGCGCACCUUCGCUGCCAAGCUGGAGAACGCUCAGCAGGCCGCCGUGCAAAACAGUGACGUGGCCUCAUCCAUUCGCAAGGAGCUGACGGUCACCCUCACCAGGCUGGAGGCCCAGUCGUCCGACCUUAGCCUUCUGCAGAGACAGAACACGGCCCUGGAGGCUCGGGUGCGGGAGCUGGAGCAGGCCCUGGACCGUGAGCGCGACACGUGGCGGCAGAGGCUGAGCCGCAAGGACCAGGAGAUGGGCAGCAUGCGGGAACAGAUGCAGGCCCAGCUGGAGGAGUACCAGAACCUGCUGGACCUCAAGCUCUCUCUGGACAUGGAGAUCAACACCUACAGGAAGAUGCUGGAGGGAGAGGAACAGAGGCUGAGAUUGUCACCCAGUCCCUCAGCCCAUGCACCAAUGCCCCGCAGACAUGCCCACGCCGUGCGUCGGGGAAAGGGUGCCAAGCGGAAGCGAGACAGUGGGCAGACUCCCACUUACAAGGUGUCACAGCAAGCAUCCGCACGUGGGCCUGUGUCUAUUGAGGAGGUGGAUAAAGAGAGCCAGUACAUCAAGCUCCGGAACAACACGGACGUGGACCAGGCUUUGGGCGGAUGGACCAUCAUAAAGACUGAAGCUAAUGGGCCCGACAUCACCUUCCAGAUCCCCUCCUCCUACGUGCUGAUGGGGGGACACACCCUGACGGUGUGGGCAGAAGGUGUGGUGGAACAGGUGCCUCCAGGUGACCUGGUCCUGAUGGAGCACAGGAGCUGGGGAGCCAUUGAUGACGUCAAGGUGCUCUUGCUCACCCCCCAGAACGAGGAGGCAGCAGAGCGUAGUCUGGUGCGUGUGCUGCAGCAGCGCGGUGAGGGGGGUGAUUCAGAGGAAGAGUUUGAUGAGGAGGCCAUUGCAUACGCUGACGCUCACUUCAGGAGACAGGGAAUGGCAGGUCGCAACGAGGCCAGCUGUGGGAUCAUGUGAUGCCUGUGAACUGAUGUGAUUGGGAGCCCCAUCAUGGGACUGUCACUGCAGGAGCUGAACUAUAAAUAUGUAUAUGGGCUGUGGAUGUAACGCAGAAAGAGAAGACCUGUCCAUUCUAUUUGCUUUGUGGUUAUGUUUCAGCACUUUGGUACUGUAUGUUAAUGUUGCCAAUUUUUGUCUUUUGAGCGUGUGGGUACACACUGGCUUUUGUUCUUAACAUCACUUUUAUUGCACAAGUAAAUUCAGCACAUUUGUAAUAUUUCAAUAAAGAUGGUUAUAAAUGAA